AUGAAUUGCGUGGCGACGGAAGUAGCACAAGAAAACGGCAGCAGCGGUGUCCCUUGGCAGCAGAACUCCCCCACGUCGAUGGCUGUUUCGAACGACAGCAACAAAGGCAGAGGAACGGACCCAUCGGCGGUCCUCGUUUCCCACAGCAGCACCUGCGGCGGAAACAGCUCCAAUGAUCUUCAGCGGUUCCCUCUCGGCCAUUCACGACGCCCGGCAACGAAGUUGGACACGAGAUGGUCGUCCGUGGCUCAUGGCGGUGACGAAGGGGUUGGUGGCGGAUGGAAGAUGGAGGGAUAA